AUGGCGGGGCUAUUCCGGAAAGUGUACGAUUGGUUAUUGCGGACGUUUUGGGCGACGGAGAUGGAUGUGACGAUGAUCGGCCUGCAAAAUGCUGGUAAAACAUCCCUCUUACGAGUCCUCGCGGGUGGCGAGUUCACUAUCGACUCGAUCCCGACAGUCGGAUUCAACAUGAAGCGGGUACAACGAGGGCACGUUACACUAAAGUGCUGGGAUAUUGGCGGACAGCCUCGGUUCCGGACAAUGUGGGAAAGAUACUGUCGCGGUGUGAACGCUAUCGUCUUCAUCGUCGAUAUUGCCGAUAUGGAUGUGUUGCAGCAAGCUCGCGAUGAGCUUCAUGCUCUAAUGGGGCAAGCAUCGUUGAGAGAGAUACCGCUCCUCGUUCUGGGUAACAAGUCGGACCUCCCGGAAAAACUGUCGGUCGAUGAGUUGAUCGAUGCGUUGGAUCUGAAGUCUAUAGGCCACCGCGAAGUCUGCUGCUACGGGAUCAGCGCUAAAGAGGAGACGAACUUGGAUGCCGUGAUUCAGUGGCUCAUGAAAUGGGCAAACAGAUGA